AUGAACUCGUCAGCCGUUCAACUUCUUGAGUUGAGGCAUUCCUCUGAGAGGCCUGGUACUCCAAGGAGUCCUCCUCUGUACGGCUCCAAUCACAGCAAUGAAUCGGCCAGGACAAUUUCCAGCACUUCUGAGAAUGAGGCACCAGGACGCGUGCAGUCUGAGUCGCCAACACGAGUUGGAUCACCUCCUGAGUCACCUGGCUCCCGUCAAUCGCGGGCGGAAUACACAGAAACGCAACGCCCAAAACAUGGCUGGUUGUCUUUUAGUCGCGCGAAUGAUGCGUGGACAUAUGAGAUUGCCAACAUGAUAUUGAGCACGGUUUGCCUCGGAGUUAUCGUGGGCAUUCUAUCUGGUGUCAACGGCAAGGCUCUGUUAUCUUGGACACUACCUAUCCAGCCUAACUCGCUCAUCUCGAUUUUCGCCGUUAUCACCAAAGCUUCACUGGUGUUCCCAAUGGCUGACUGUGCCAGCCAGCAAAAAUGGAUGCUCUUCAGUGGGAGUCGGCCGAAUAGCCUCAUUCGAUUCGAACAGUUCGACGGUGCUAGCCGGGGGCCAUGGGGGUCAUUAUUACUUUUAUGGCAUAGACGGCUCGAAUCACUACCUGGCUCCAUUUUGGCUUUUCUGACAGUCCUAGCCCUUGCUAUCGACCCUUUCGCACAGCAAAUCAUCCACAUUUCAGAACGCACAACUCCAGACGAUGGGGCUUCUGCUUCCACGUUCCUGGCGCCAGCUUAUAAUUCUGGCCUGGUGACUUAUCGCACUACACCUGGUGAGCCCUCCACGUGCCGUACCGGACCCGAACUCGCUUUAAUAUGA